UUUAUUUCUCUUAAAUUUGAUUAAGAAUAUACAAUUUAAACUAAAUGACACCGAUUAAUUCGAAUAUAAACGACAAAACAAAAUCUCAACAAAACGAUCAAAUGGGGAAAAUGAAUAAUAUUGGUCAGACUCAAAAUUUUCCUUCAUUCACACUACAACACCCAUUAAUGCCUUCAUUAUCCUACCAACAACAACAACAACCUCCAAUGCUCCCGAAUUACACCAAUCCAAUGUUGCAUCCUUCUAAUUCAACAAUUCAACCUCAAAUGUUUCCAACUUACCCUAAUCCAAUAUCGAAUUUAAAUCCCAAUCCUUUAGCGAAUCCUAACAAUACAACAACUCAACCAAAACUUGAAAAAUGUGAGUGGAAUUAACACUUCCG